CCGUACUAAGCAGACAGCUGUAGUGUUUCGCUGCAUGAAUGAGUCCGUGUGACAGGGUUUUACAGUUUAUGGUCAGAGACAGGCAGAAUAUUUCCUCUUAACUGCACAGAAUGGCUUUUCAGUGUCAACGAGACUGCUAUAUGAAGGAGUUUGUUACCUCUGUUGUAUCCUGCUGCCCUGCCGAACUAAAACAAGAGGUCAAUGGAAAGAAAGGAACUUUAAAAGGCUUCAAUGUCAAGCUCCAAGAUACCAUCUUGUUUCCUGAGGGAGGUGGCCAACCAGAUGACCAUGGACUGAUAGGAGACGUCCCAGUGUUGAGGGUGACGAGGCAGGGACCGGAGGCUCUACAUUUUGUGGUCACCCCUCUGGAGGAGGGUCAGGAAGUGCAUGUGAAGGUGGACUGGGAGAGGAGGUUUGAUCAUAUGCAGCAACACUCAGGUCAGCAUUUGAUCACAGCACUGGCAGACACAAUGUUUGGAUACAAGACCACAUCCUGGGACCUGGGGCGUCAGAGAAGCACCAUUGAACUGGACACUCCCUGUGUGAAACCUGCUCAGCUUCAGGAGCUGGAAGAAGUCGUAAAUGAGAAGAUCAGAGGUCACAUUCCUGUCACUGUUCAACUUCUGUCUAUCGAUGACCCUGCGGUGGAAAAGGUGAGGAGUCGAGGGCUGCCAGAGGACCAUGCAGGGCCCAUAAGGAUCAUUGAUAUCGAGGGCAUUGAUGCCAAUAUGUGCUGUGGAACUCAUGUGUCUAACCUCAGUCAGCUGCAGGUCAUAAAACUGCUGGGAACUGAGAAAGGAAAGAAAAAUAAAACCAACUUGAUCUUCCUGGCAGGAAACAGGGUGCUGAAGUACGCAGAGAGAAGCUACAGCACAGAGCGUUCGAUGGUGUCUCUUCUGAAAACGGGACCAGAUGAGCACGUCGAGGCUGUUGACAAGUUGCAAAAGUCUGUUAAACUGCUCCAGAAAACGAACCUGAGUCUACUUCGAGAUAUGGCCGUCCUCAUCGCGCAGAACUUUAAGAAUGACCCCCAAAGAGGCAACUUCUUCACCUUGCACAAAAAAGAAGGCGACAAUGAGUUCAUGAAUAUUAUUGCUAAUGAAAUAAACACUGAGGAGACUUUGGUUUUCCUGACUGUUGGAGAGGAGAAGGGACCUGGUUUGUUUCUCCUGGCUGGACCCAGUGGAGCAGUGACUCACAUGGGACCGCAGGUGUUGGAGCUGCUCCAAGGGAAGGGAGCUGGAAAGAACGGCCGAUUCCAAGGCAAAGCCAACAGCAUAGCACGGAGGGCAGAGGUGGAGGCUUUACUGAAGGAGCACUGCAAACAUCACACCUCAGAGGAGGAAUAAACCGAGCCAUCAUGCAGUAGAUACAGAUUUUUAUAUUAGCUGAAGGGAAUCAAUAAGUAAGCAAAGCCAAUGAAUAAGGGAUAAUGCCUGAUUAGGUGUCCGUUGUCAGGAUUUAAUGGAUGACAUGAGCGGUCCUAAAUAUUCAUAUUUUGUGUUAACCACUUAAUGAUCUCUGCACACAUAACAAAAAUCUGAUCAUUCUUGUCAAAAUGUAUAUAACUGGGACUUCUGUACAACAUGUGCUGUACAUAUCUGAUUAUUAACUGUAAAUUACUGCUUUUGUUCAUUCAGAAACCUCCAUGCUAGUCUGUAUUCUUCAGUCACAUUCUGUCUUACAUGUAAAUGAGGUACAUGGUUAAGUGCACAGCUCAGGGGCAUUUCAAUCUGCAAAACACACACAAUAAAAUAAUCUUAAUGAAAAAAACAA